CCUCAUUCCUCUCCAUCUACCCAGAACCUGCAACCUCCCUAAUAUUGCCAGCUCGAACCUUCAAACCCCAAAAGCCUCUCUCUCUUUCUCUCAUACAGAGAGACACAAAUGGCACCAGCAGCAGCAGUAUGUGUAAUGGAUGCAUCAGGCCACGUAGGCGCCAGCCUCACAGAGCGCCUGCUGCAAAAGGGUUACACAGUACAUGCUGCCCUUCAGAGGCAUGGGGAAGCGCGGUUGGGUGGGAUUUGUUGUGACAAAACGAAGCUCAAAGUUUUCGAUCUGGAUCCGUUCGACUACCAGAGCAUCCUCGACGCUCUCAAAGGCUGUUCCGGCUUGUUUUAUUCAUUUGAGCCUCCACAAGAUCAGCCUGACUGCGAUGAAUACAUGGCAGAAGUGGAGGUUCGGGCAGCGCACAACGUACUAGAAGCAUGUGCAAGAACUGAAACAAUAGACAAAAUCGUGUUUACAUCUUCCGCCGCUGCCGUCUGUUGGCGAAACGAUCGCAAGUCGACGGCUCUCGAUUUGGAUUUGGAUGAACGGCACUGGAGCGAUGUCAAUUUCUGUCGUAGUUUCAAGUUGUGGCAUGCAUUAUCAAAAACCCUAGCAGAGAAGACAGCAUGGGCCCUUGCAAUGGACAGGAGCUUGAAUAUGGUGUCUAUGAAUGUAGGUUUGCUGAUGGCUCCGGAUUUGUCCAUCACCAACCCGUAUUUGAAAGGAGCAGCUGAGAUGUACGAAGAUGGCGUGCUCGUGACCGUCGAUACUGAUUUCUUAGUCGAUGCACACAUCUGCGUUUUUGAAGAUGUCUCGUCCUACGGUCGAUAUCUGUGCUUCAACAACAUCAUCAAUCGGGCUGAAGAUGCUCUAGAGCUUGCUCGGAAGUUGACUCCUUCUGCCCCCUCAUACCCACAAAGCCAAGAUCAGGAUAUGAGGAUCCCUCAACAGAGGAUAAGCAACAAGAAAUUAAAUAAAUUGAUGGUGGAAUUUAAGAGCAAAUCUCAAGAGUGUUGAAGGGAGAUUUGCUUAUAUUAUAUGUAUGUGUGUGUGUGUGACAUGUUGGUCACUUAAAGGCACAUAUUAUUAAGAAAGCAUGUUUUUGUAAGUGCUAUAUUUAUUUGUGUGCUUAAUAAUAUCGUUUGUUAAAAUA